AUGAAGCUACCGGCAACGACUACGAUCUUGUCUUUGGCAGCGCAGGGUGUCUGCGCAAUCCAUGCACGACAGGCCGAAAAGUCCCUCGUUGACUCGGCCAGUUUCCAAGCCCAAGUAACCAAAGAGAAUCUGGAGGCCAACCUAGUCCGAUUGAACGACAUUGCCAUCGAAAAUGGCGGGAAUCGCGCCUUCGGCUACCCGGGCUACGAAGCCUCUGUAGAUUUCGUUUGGAAUCGCAUCUCCAGCGUCAGCGGCGCCAAGGUCUGGAAGCAGGACUUUCCUGCAGUAUUCAGCAGCGAGAUACGGGCCAACCUGACUGUGAACGGCGAAAAGCUCCCUGUAUACGGCCUAUCGCAGUCCCCCCCUACUUCGGCAGAAGGCAUUACUGCAGAGCUCGUUGCCGGGCCCGAGGGCACAGCGGCCUGCGACGCUGCUUCGUAUUCGGACCGGGGAGUGAGCGGGAAGAUUGUCCUGGUUCGCGAGGCUCUCUGUCCCGGCUACCGCGACGGAUUCCAUGCAGGCGUUAUGAAGCCCGCGGCGGCGGCCGGAGCCGUUGCGGUAAUUGUGAUUAAUGACUUUGCGCUCAACCUCACCGCCGGCACGCUCGGCCCGGCAGAUGACGGCACAUAUGUUCCCACGGGGUUUGUCAACAAGUACAUCGGAGACCCGCUCAAGGCUCGCCUGGAAGCUGGGGAGGUGCUCGCCACAUCUUUCUGGGAGGGCGAGUACGUUGAUCGCCGGGUGACGCAAAACGUUUUUGCAGAGACCGAAGGCGGUGAUCCUGAGAAUGUGAUUAUUCUCGGCGCUCACUUGGAUAGUGUGGCAUGGGGGCCGGGGAUCAAUGACAACGGUAACUUUUAUCCAUACCCAAGCUUGUUUUCGUCACGCCUUCUCACUUUUACGUACCUAGGUUCCGGUGUAUCACUGUUGCUAGAGUUGUUCCUUGCUCUCAGCAAAUAUUCUGUCAAGAACAAGAUACGUUUCGCGUGGUGGGGUGCCGAAGAAAAGGGUCUCAUCGGCUCGAGGUACUACGUCAACAACCUCCCUUCCGCAGAGGCGGAUAACAUCCUAGCCUACCUCAACUUCGACAUGGUGUCCAAGGGUUACUACGGGGUUUUCGACGGCGACGGUGCUUCGUACGGCGUCGCCGCGCCUCCUGGCUCGGACGUAAUCCAAGAGCUGUUCACUGCCGACUUCGUCUCCAAGGGCAUCAACGUCACAGCCGCGCGCUUCACCAACGGAAGCGAUUACGCGUCGUUCUGGCAGGUGUUGAGCAAACCCAUCGGGGGCCUUCACACUGGAACUGGAUCCGCUCAGGACCCGUGCUACCACCAGUCGUGCGACGACAUAAAAAAUACGGACUUGAGUCAACUUACGGUGAAUGCAAAGACAACCGCCCAUGUGCUUUCGGCUCUCGCGUUGGAUGGAACUAACCUCAUCAAGAGGCUGACUGCUCGUGAGGUCGUUGGACACUUGGCGCAGAAAAGGGCUACAAUUGCGACUGUUGAAGAAUCUGAUGAUGAUCACCAUCAUUGCUGA